AUGCCCUCGCUCACCAAUGGAACCCGGGCGACGCGACCUUCCUUCACGGAACGAAUACCGACCUUCCCAUCGUACUACAGCUCGCGCAAGAAGCCGCGUCGCUGGCCUCUGGUCCUCCGCUUCAUCAAGGGCGCCAUCCACAUCGACAUCGCCCUCCCCGUCAUCGGCCACGCCCUCUUCUCCACCGCCAUCUGCUACUUCGACUCCUACCAUGGCGGCCACCUCGCCAUCCCCAGCACCACCCUGCCCUCCCUCUCCAUCGUCGUCGGCCUGAUGCUCGUCUUCCGCAAUUCCACCUCCUACGACCGCUUCUGGCAGGGCAACCAACUCUUCACCCAGGUCGAGACCAACAUCCGCAACCUCGUCCGCUCCUUCCUGGCCUGCUCCUACGCCCUCCACGGCCCGCCGCCCUCGGACGCAGAGCGCGCGGACACCGAACGCACCGUCCGCAUCACGCUGGCACUGAUCUACGCCGCCAAGAACCACCUGCGCGCCGAAUGGGGCCACGCCAUCCCCAUCCUCGGCCUGCCCUCCACCGCCAGCACCCGGCGCAGCGAGCGCGAGCGCCGCGAGAGCGUCUCCGUCUUCAAGCCCGAAUACGACCACCUGCUGCCCAGCGGCACGCGCGGCCACGAGGAACACGGCCUCGGCCUCGUCCUGCAGCUCUCCAUCCAGGUGGAAGCGUACAUCAAACGCGCGCACGAUCGCGGCUGGUUCCACGCCCCCCAGGCGUCCCAGUUGACCGUCCAGCUCAACUCCCUCGUCGCCGCCUACGGCUCCAUGGAAACCAUCCACCUCACCCCCCUACCCGUCGCCUACCUCAUCCACAUGCGGCAGGUCCUCGCGCUCUUCUGCGGCGUGCUGCCCUUCGCGCUGGUCUCCGAGAUGGGCUGGUGGUCGAUCCUCAUGGUCAGCUUCAUUGCCUUUACCCUCUACGGCAUCGAAGCCAUCGGCGCGCAGUUGGAGGAUCCGUUUGGCUAUGAUCGGAACGAUAUCAAACUGGAUAAUAUCGUCGAGGAUCUGCGGACCGAAGUUACCGUUUUGCUGGAGAAUUGGAAGAGGGAUGGGGAUCUAUUCAAGCAACAUACCAGUGCGCCGAGGCAGUGA